CGUGAUCCUGGAGGUGCCGGUGACGGAGCCGGAAUUCCUGGAGCAGCUGCGGGAGCUGAACGGGAAGAUCGAGGCGGUGAAGGAACAGGCAUUCCGGGACACCCUCGCCUGUGCCGACGUCCAGCACGUCCUGGAGAAGCUCAAGGUCAAGGCCGUCACCAAAAUCCGGGAAUUCGUCCUGCAGAAGAUUUACUCCUUCCGCAAGCCCAUGACCAACUACCAGAUCCCCCAGAACUCCCUCCUCAAAUACAAGUUUUUCUACCAGUUCCUGCUGGGGAACGAGCGGAACGUGGCGCAGGAAUUACGGGAUCAGUACGUGGAGACCGUCAGCAGGAUCUACUUCUCCUACUUCAAAUCCUACACCGGGCGCCUCAUGAAGAUCCAGUACGAGGAGGUGGCGGAGAAGACGACCUGAUGGCGUCGAGGGACACG